AUGGCCUUCUGUCCCCCACGGCCCGUGGGGCUUUGGAACCUGGAGCUCUGGGUGCCCCCGGCUGGCUCUGCCUCAGCACCAAGAGCUUCGCCUCUCCCCCUGCUCCCCCGACGCUGUGUGACCCGGGCUCGGUCCCCAGAGCGCUUCCUUCCAGGAUCCCCCCUGCUCCUGGCGUGGGUCACAGGCUUCUGGCGCCUCGCCCGUCUGGCGGUUGGAGCCGGCCUCGUGCUCAGGUCCAUCACGCCCUCCCCUGCCCAGAGGCCCUGCCCCUGUGUCGUGGCUUACCCGGCCCCGACCCACCUCUGGGACCCCCAGGAGGCUCUGUUUAGGCAUCGCCGAGUGAGGACCCUGCCCCCAACAGCUGCUGUCCCUGACCACUGUGCCGUGUCCAGCGCCGAGGCCCUGCCUGCCCCCCACGCACCUUUUACCCUCCAAUGGUGGCCUGACGCCGGGGGGCCCAGUGCCCGGGCUGCUGGCUCGGUGCUCAUGGCUCCGGGAAGCCGUGGCUGCUUUGCUCAGGUGCUGGGUGCCCACCUUCCCCUGCGGGACUGGGAGGAGGGUGCCGUGCGCCAUGUGCCGUGCGCCAUGUGCCAUGUGCCGUGCGCCGUGCGCGUGGCUCGCGUCCCAGUUCCAUGGGUUCUCAGGGCACGUGGCAGUUGCCUGGCCCCUGUGGACAGGCCGCAGGAGGGGCUGCUCUACGCCUGGGUGCAGAAGGGAAGCCGGGCCACCGACCCGCAGAGCCCAGCCCCUCCAGGGCCUGUGGCAACGUGGAACUCUGACAUGGACCUCUGCCAACCCGGACGAGCAGAGGCAGCAGAUAUUGCUCACACCCUCCCCUCGGUGCAUGGAAGUGGGCCGGCAGCUUUCUGUGCUACCCCUGACCUGGCCCCUCAUCUGAACGGGGCUCAGAGCUGGGCCGAUGGGGACGUUGCCAACAGCUUCUGCCAGGUGCCCCUGACGCCCGUGCCCAGGUCGGUUCUGGAGGCCCUGGCGCUCUCCACUGCCAUGAAGUGCACCCCACGCGGCGGCUGCUCCCUGCACCUCCGUGUGCGCGCCUCGCUCAGGCUGCUCGAGGGCCUGCGCGGCCUGGAGGUCUGCUCCACGAGCCUCGCCACCCAGGAGACCCAAUGCCAGAGCGUGUGGGUCCCCAGGACCUCCCGCCAGCUGCAGGUGGGGCAGCAGGUCCUUGCGGGGCAGGGGCGGCGGCCGCGGCAGCCCGGCUCACAAUGCCCCGGCCAGCUCCAGGUGCGCUUGGAUUGCUUCGAGGUGAGCGCGGCCCAGCGGCUCCACAUCACCCUGACGACGGUCCCCCACUUCUGUGGGGUCCAGCUGGAGCAGCUGUACCGUGUGGAAGACUGUGGAGAUGAGGACGUGGGGAGACACGUGGCCGACUGCUUUGCCGGGAAGCUCGUCUACCGCGUGAACCGCAGCCGCAAGGCCUUCGAGGUCCAGGUGCCCGGCAGCCCCAGGGGCCACGACUACUUGGUGCGGCUCUGCCUGCGGGGCUCCACCUGCGUGGAUGCCGGCCCCCCGGUGCGGGUGACGGCGAGCGCGGCCUCCCGGACGGUGACCCUGCGCUACAGCCGAGCGCUGCCGUGCCUGUGCCUGGAGUUCUCCAGCCGUCUAACCUCCUGGGUGAGGUGCCCUUUUGCAGGCGGGCGCUUCCCAGCCUGGAAGAUGACGGUCCAGCUGGUGCCGCCGCAGGGCCCGCUCCGGGCCGCCUUCCUCUCCCCCAGCCCCGGCCGCUUCCAGGCGCGCCUGUGUCACCGAGCAGGGACCCGGCCCCCCGCCUGCCGCCGCCCGCUCGAGGCCACGCCCCUCCCUCCGGCCUCGGGUGACCCCACCGAGGACCCUGUCAGAGCCUUUGUGGACAUCCCCCAGGAGGAAGCCUGUGCCCCCCGCGUCUGUAUCCAGGCUGCGGGCGGCCGUGAUGACCGGGGCUGCCCACAGGGCUGGAGGACAGACGUGCACUUCUCUGCACCCCAGGAGCUGUGUGACAUCCAGUGCAGCCCCCCAGCCACGGAGGCCCCAGACACUGCUGCAGUCCCGAGGCCACACUGUCCUCCACGCUGGGGCCCCCUGUCCCCACAGCCUCUCGGUCAGCCUGUGGACACGGCCACCUCCCCGGCUUGAAGACCAGAGCCCGGCCUCCUGCUGGGACCACCCUCCUCCUACCUGGGCGGCCCUGCGGCCUUGGCCCACCCCGCCCCCCC